UAAUUAUUAUCUGUAGACUUUGUGGUUGAGUGGGACGAUGCCUAUUUUAGGCGGAAAUUAAUUUCUUUGAUAAAAAUAGAAAAGUAUAACUUCAUGAUCUUGUUUCGUACGAAUAUUAAAAUCUCUACCGCUUAUAAUUAGACCUUUCACGAUUUUGCAUUCGUUCGUAUAAGAACUACAAACAAAUCAUCAAAGAUGACGGACUCCGUUAAUAUGUCACUCGAUGAGAUAAUCAAACAAAACCGACCAGGUCGUGCUCGUGGCAGAGGCGGUGGAAAUAUUAGAGGCCGCGGUGGUGGUCGUGGCGGGCGUCGUGGACGCGGAGGCCGCGGGCGCGGUGGCGGUGAACGCGGUCGGUCAUAUUCCCGCGACAGAUCCAAUACUCGGCAGGAUCGCUCCCGGUCGCGUUCUAGAGGACCUCGAGGCCGGUCGCAGUCGCGCGGGCGUUCACAGCAGCGCGGGAUCUCACAGCAGCGUGGAGGCUCUCAACCGCGCGGACGAUCUCAAUCGAGAGCACGGUCACGUUCACGUUCACAACAGAGGCGAUUUUCAUACCCAAGAACCCGAUCAACAUCCAAAUCUCGAUCUCAGAUGAGAAGCAUAACACCCAAGGGAAGAGCUGGACUGGAAAAUCCACUUUCUAACAUGCCAGGACUUGUCCGCAACAACAGAGGCAGAGGCGGUAUGCAGAUGAGACUGAGACGUUCAGAUUCAAAUCAACAUGUACCAAGUGGAAUCCAUAGUCGGCUUGGAAUAAACACUCGCAGUGGAGGUGCAAAUAAUGCUUUCAGACCUUUAGCUGUGGCAAAAAGAGGGAUUUCAAAACGUGGACGAGGUUUAAGUACAAGAAACAGAUUUAGCAAUAUAGGUUUGAGAUCUGAUCAAAUUUUAGAGCAGCAGCGUCAAAAUAAUGUCAUUAGAUCUCAGACCUUUACCAGAUCAAGGAACAAUUCUAUUAGUACAGCUUCACAGCUGACUGUUAGUGUUGCUAAUGACUUUGCAAAGAGGCGUCGCAACAGUUUAGGUAAUGCAGGAUAUCUGAACAAACAAAGCCUAGCAUCAUUCAAUAAUGACUUUGUAGGAUACAAUACAAGAAGAGGACCAGGUAGUGUCAAAUCUACUGGAUCAAAUAGAUCAAAUCAGUCUAAUUCUAGCAGAAAAUCAGUUCAGUCAAGAGGUCGAGGCCGUGGUCGGGGAGGAAAUCGUGGAAUAGGGAGAAAAUUUGUAAAUAAGCAAAUGCUCAAUCCAAAACUCCAGAAAGAGAUUGCAGCCAUUCAAGGUAAAAGCGGUGGCUCUAGUAAUAAUCCUGAAGCUCCUAGUGGUAUUAACUUUACUCCCACACCAGCAGCAACUCAUCAAACUUUACAUCAAAGGUUUGCAACAGCAUAAGUUUGUGUAAGAUCACAAAAUAUGUAUACAAUAGUUUAUAAACUGUAUUUUUUUUUAUUUAAAAAGUAUAUUAUUAUACCCUAUUUUUGUAAGUGAAAUCCACUUUCAUGUUGUUUUUUUGGUAAAAAUUAGUAUAUAAUACCAUAUUAUAAUAAAUAAUUAGGAUAAGCAGCUUACAUUGAUGCACCCAAUAAUUCAUAUUCUAACCUGUUUUAUAAUUUUCAUGACUUCCCUGGUGCAGUGGUGUAAAAACAGUGGUUGUUAAGUGGAAGACCCCAGGUUUGAUCCACAGAAGCGCCUAUUCAGAUUUUUUUCAAGUCUGGUCUGGUGGGAACCUUUGGCUGUGGCUAGUUAUCACCCCAAUAACAAAGACAUCCCUAAGCAAUUUAGCCUUUAGGAAUCAUGCCCCGUAGAAAUUGAUUAGGGGUGUGGGAGUAUAUAACUGCUACAAUCGUAGACUGCAUCAUCACUUACAAAUAAGACAAAGCCAGUGCUUUUUUAUCUUUUCUUAUAAACUUAUACUGUGUGUCAUGAUUAUUUUUAAAACAGCACACUAAAAAAUAAGGAAAAAUUGUUUUUGCUGAUUGCCCCUUUAUUACCAUUGCUUAUAGUAGUAUUAUUUAUACUGUUGUUACAUGGUUGGUAAUAAGCCCACAGUACUUGAAUUGAUUUCCUAUGAUCCUAUACCCAGGCAAUUUAUUCCACAGGUGUAUACCUCAUAUCAAAGUACAAGGAUUUAAGUUUGUACCUUCUUAGCUUAGAUACUCAAUUUAGGAAAUAGUUCUUUUAAAAUUUGGAGCAUUAUCAUAGUUUUAUAUUCCCCUACAAAAUAUGGGAUUCUGAAAGAUAAACCUAUAACCUAAAAAAUGCUGAAGAACUGAAGAAUUAAUUGUUAUAUCCCAAGAGCGAACAAUGAUUUUGUCAUAUGGUAUUGUUGUAAUAUGCUAAGGCAAUGCUGUAGCUAACAUGGAGAAGAGAUCCUUGACAUGCAUUUGGUUUAAAGCUCUUACUGAAAAAAUGCAUAUUUCUGGUGUAAGAUUGAUUAUUUUAGUCAGUUUUAUUAUUUACUGCCUGAUUGUGUGAAGAAUAGAAUUGUCUGCUAAACACAGCUGCAAUGUAUUUCCCAUUUCAAGUUGCUGCUUUUGAUCACUCCCAGGUCCAGGUAUUGAAUACUUUGCUUUUUAUAAAAAUUAACAGGCUUUUCACAGGAUCUUUUUUGUCCAAUUUUCAAGAACAUUUAUUUUGUCCAAUACCAAUUUCAUAUGCUGGUACGAAAGGGUUUCAUAAUUUUGUGUCAUAAGUAAUGAAAUAUAAACAGGCCUACUAAUAAUUAAUGAUUGAAAACAUAACAGUACCUAUGAGUACAUAAUCAAGAUCUUUUUUUCUCUUAAUAAGAUUAAAAUGUGAGUAUGUGUACUAGUUAUAAGACGGAGAAUAAUUUUUUUAUUGUUUUGAAAGCUAUAUUUGU